AUGACGCCGUCAAGCCACUGGCAGGACGUUCGACAUAUAGUUUUAACUGCCUCAGAGUCUAUAAAUUAUGCACCGGGAGAUAUACUGCACAUUACUCCUCGGAAUUUCCCCCAGGAUGUAGACAGACUUAUAUCACUGAUGGGCUGGGAAGACCAAGCCGAUAUACCUCUACAGUUUGUGACCGGGGAUGGCUCUCCUGCUUCAACGUCUGUCUCUGCACCACCCAUUCCAUUCUUGCUUGGCUCACCUGGGUUCACUCUCCGCGCGCUUCUUACGGAUUAUCUAGACAUCAUGGCGAUCCCCAGACGGUCAUUCUUCAGCCAGAUUGCCCAUUUCACGAAAGACGAGAUGCAUAAAGAGCGACUUUUAGAGUUCACGAAUCCAGAGUACAUAGAUGAGUUCUACGACUACACCACCCGGCCGAGACGAAGUAUUCUGGAGGUCUUGGCUGAGUUUGAUACCGUUAAGAUUCCAUGGCCAUUAGUCUGCUCCGUUCUGCCGGUGCUUCGAGGCAGACAGUUCAGUCUGGCAAGUGGCGGCAAGCUCAAGACCUCGGCGCGUGGGGGUACACGCUUUGAGCUGCUGGUUGCCAUUGUCAAGUACCAGACUGUGAUCAAGAGGAUCCGCCAAGGGGUUUGUACGCGGUAUCUAGCUGCUUUGCAGCCUGGAAGCACGCUUAAAGUGCAGGUACAAAAGGGGGGACUCCAUUCUUCAGCCAAACAGCUCUCUGACCCGUCUGUGUUGAUUGGCCCGGGAACAGGCGUUGCUCCAAUACGGUCUCUGCUGUGGGAAAAAGCGGCGAUGGCCGAGGAGUUCAAGAAGAACCAGAACUACGGUCCAGACGAGCAGCCCUUGGCUCUUGGGCCGGUGAUACUGCUAUAUGGUGGGCACAACAAGGCAGCAGAUUACUUUUUUGAGGAUGAGUGGGAAGCGCUCAAGGCCCAGCUCAACUUGACGGUGAUCACGGCCUUUUCGCGAGACCAGAAGAAGAAGUACUACGUUCAAGAUGCGCUGCGGGAGAACUCUUCGGUGUUUUAUGAGCUGCUGCACGAGAAGGGAGGGUCGGUAUUUGUGUGUGGCUCGUCUGGCCGGAUGCCCCAGGCAGUUCGCGAGGCGCUGAUAGAGACCUUCCAGGCUCCACUGGGCGACUCUGCAGAGAGCAGGCAGACGGCGGAGAAGUAUCUGAUAGACAUGGAGAAGGUCGGGCGAUACAAGCAGGAGACAUGGUAG